UUAUCGAAGCAAGUUUUCCGAUCCCGUUUUCUGACGCCGGCGAAGCUUUGGCUUGCCGGCGUCGGGACACCUCUUUCCCCUUUAAGCUGCUUCUCCUAAAUCUCUCGAUUAUUUUCUUUUGGUCACUUUCUCAAUCAUCUCUAAAACCCAAUCUUUCGACGGGUUUCGACGGCUCCGAACGAAUCUGUGACAGAGAACGAAGGCGGUCCCCGACGACCUUCAUCCAGCCUUCCCCUCUACUUAAAUCAAUGUCGAAAUAGAAGAAGGAAGAUCUCACUUUUCCCAGCGGUGCCUUACCUCACAAAUCAAAAUCUUUUCUCAUCGCUCCGCCAAGAUACUCUAGAUCUCAACCUUUACAUGAAGGUUCCACGCACCAGCAUAUGUCGAUUAGCGUUGUUAUUCUUGGACUGCCUUGUCUGGUGAUGAUGGCGGCGGUGUACAGCAGAGCUUCGCAAACCAAAGUUAUCCUAGGGUUUCUUGUUUUGGACUGGGCUCAAUUGGGCCCAAUUGACUUUAUCUUUCGGCCCAUCACAGAAAGCUACAGCCCAAGUUUUCCAUUUGCUUGGUCCAGGUCUGUUUUUCCUAAACUUUUGCUUAGCCCAUUAUCUUUGACAUCUCGAUUUAGUGACUUGACUGGCCGAGGACUCCGACCAAGUCCUACGUCGAUAUCAUUGCGAUGGGCAUGUAAUUGUAUUUCUCUAACCUUGGUCAAUUGCAAAUCCCCAAGUACUUCAUCUAUUCAUCAAAGCCUUAGGCUAAUUGGUAUGUUGUAUCUAGAUUCUAGAUAUGUUACUAGAUUGGAGAGUAACGGCAUUAUGAUCUUCUCUCUAAGGAGAGCUGAUUACCGAAACUUCUCCAAUCCCUUUUCCCCGUUUCCUCUGAAUACAGAAUCUGAACAAGUGUUAUCCAACGUUUUUAAGGUUGAUAUUCAUGAAAUCAAAGGUUUGAGGAACUAUGGCAUUAUGAUCCCGUCUCUAUGGAGCGGUGGUUACCUAAAAUUCCUCAACUCUUUCCCUCUAACCUCACUCGACGACAGAACCAGCUUAACCUCUCUCUUUGCCGAUGAGCAAUUCCAACUCGCUCUUCUCGUACCGGCGAGAACCUCGGCUAUGGAACUCUAUUCAACGUCACUUAGUCUUUUGACCGUGACUAUUGUAUCAUCUAACGCCUCGUCCGUGGAUGACUCUUCGACAAACCGUGUUAUCAUUUGCACCAAUUUGCUUCAUAGCUUUGGCCUCCAAGCUCUCAUGGAUCCCUUGUCGAACUAUUUUUGCUAUUUUUGUGUAGCAUUUGCUUUAACCUUUGUUUGUUGUUGCUACUUUGUUUUAAGCCUUUCUAUCCUUGUACCCCUGGCUACUUUGAACCUUGUUUCUAUUGGAUGAAUGAAAAU